CGAGGGUAUACACGAGAGAUAGUUAUUAUCCAGUAUUGAUUGAAAUUUUCUACAGUCAAAUCAUUUUUUUGCAAGCAGCAUAGCAGUUUUAUUAUUGUGUUUUUGCAUUGAGUCAGAAUUUAAAGUUUGAAGAGGCAGGAGCUCAACAGUCCGAGCGUGAAUAAGCAAAAUAUACUCUAGUGAAUCUUCACGGUACAGCACAAAAUCUAAUCAUCAUGUUAUUCAUGUGUCAUCAGAUGGCUAAUGAGCAUGAGAAAAAACAAAAGGCACAAACAUCAUCACGACAGACAUCUGUCAAUGACUCAAAAGUACCAAUCAUUUGGGUAUUAGGUGGUCCUGGAUGCGGCAAAGGAACUCAAUGCGAUAAGAUUGUUGCCAAAUACCAUUUUAAUCAUCUCUCAACUGGUGAUUUAUUAAGAGCUGAAGUAGCAUCGGGUUCGGCCAAAGGACAGGAACUUCAAGCCGUCAUGAAAGCAGGUGGAUUAGUAAGUAAUCAAGUUGUUCUUGAGUUGCUCGCUGCUGCCAUUAAGAAGAUUGAUAAACCAACAGGAUUUCUUAUUGACGGAUAUCCACGCGAGGAAGCACAAGGACGUGAAUUUGAGGCUGCAAUUGCACCAGUUGAUCUUAUUCUCUACUUUGAAUGUACUGAUGAAACACUUGUAGCUCGUAUUCAAGCUCGUGCUGCUGCCUCAACGGAAGUACGUGCUGAUGACAACGCAGAGACAUUAAAGACACGCAUUAAGACAUUUAGAGAAAAUACCGAAAAGAUUCUCGUUCAAUAUCCCGCCAAGCUUAAGAGAGUUAAUGCUGAACGCUAUAUUGAUGAAAUUUUCAAUGAUGUUACCGCAGCUAUUGAUGGUACAUUGGCCAGCAAGUGAUUUAAUUAAAUAAAUAAAUGUCAAUUGUUUUUGUUGUUUCCUUUUUUUUCUUCGAAUUUUCAUCGGGUAAUUAAAAAAAAAUUAUGAGAAAGAUUUUUUCAUUAUUGCAAUACGGAUUUAUACGCUUACAUGAAUAAUGAAUUCAAUUAUGGAAUUUUAGCCAAUAAUUAUACAUUAAAGUUAUACGCACUCGGAAAAUUUUUGCGCUUCUGUUUUAUUGAAAAUAUUAAUUUAUUAAAUAAAAUUGAAUUUCAUGGUUCGAAAUCUGA